UCAUCUCUAAUAUGCGAUCGCUACAGCCGCGGUUUGUUUACAACACAUUAUUUGAAAAUUAACGAAAGCAAUUAUAAGCGAGAUGAGUUUGUUUGCUAAUCUUCUAUUAGAAACAUGUGUAAAUUUCGAAAAAUGCGGCGAUGUGGUAGUAUCACGAAAAGAAAAUAUCGUGGGAUUGUCGUGUCAGUUUUGUUGUGACAUAUUCAACAGUGUGAUUGAAUUUUUGCAUCACUUGCAGAAGAUGCACUGCGACAUUCUUGAAUUUCCAAGAGAACACAACGUGUAUACGAUGGAUGAAAUAAUGUCCCUUGAAGACGACGACGAUAAGGUUGAUUCACAUGUUAUUAUAAACGAAGAAACAGAUAAACAGAUUAAUGACAUGGAAAUUGGACUAGAUGCUAAUACAUUACAAAUCAACAUACUAAAGGAGAACAACCUUGUCAAAGGCAAUCAAAUUUCCGGCACAGAAAUGUGUCGUCAAGGUGCUGAACUUAAUAAUACUCUUCUCAUUGGAUAUGAUAAAUCACUAGCUCUGAAACCUGGGAUAGAAAUUAAGUGUGAAAGACAACUGACUCUUCAAAAAGAUGGAGCCUCAGAAGUAGCGAAGGAAUUUUCCACAUCCAUAACUCAUAAAAAGAUUAAGCGAAUAAAUAAUACCAAAGAGGAACUAAAUGCUGGAAUUACUGCAUCAACUGAAAUUCAGGACGAAAAUAACGUUAAUUCAUUCAGACUUAAAAAAGUUAACAUUGUUAAUACACACAAAAAUGCAGAAUUGGCGCAAGAGGUCUAUGUACCGCAGAAAAACAUACCUAAGAUGAAAGAAAAUAAUAUAAAGCUAUUAAAAGAGAAGAAAAAUACUGGUCAACAUGAUCUAGAGACUCCCGUGAGUCGUAAUAAGCCAACAUUCUACAAUCUUUUAACAAUGAAUAGCGGAGAGAAAAGAACCAAACCCAAACUGAAAAGGUCAUUAAUAAUGACUGAAACCAAUUCAUUAAAGACCGAUUCUUCUUUUAAGCUGGACUACAAAACCCAUCGAAAUUUGUCUUCUAUAAUUAUUGAUAAAAUUGAGUACUUGCCGAAUAUUGAUUUAAAUUUCCUCAAAACUUCUAAAAGCACAACUAAGGAAACUUCUACAUUAGAAGUGAAAAAGCAAAACCCUCUUCGGGAAUCUUUUUCUGACAGGUCAAAUCCGGCGAUGUGGAAUAACAAACCACCCAGGAGACCUAUAUAUUCAGAAUGGCUAACAAGUCAAAUCUCGACAAAACCAGAAGUUAAAUCAAGUAGUAAACGAUCAUUAGUUGAAUCGAUUGAUGAAAUUAAAAUGUCAAUAAUUUUUGAUGAUAAUUCCAAAAGAAAACUUCCAAAGAACGCGACAUCUAACAGAACGCUUGAUGUUAAACAGACGGACUUAAGUGAAGAGCUAUUGGGAUUGGAAGAUAUUGAGGUAAAAUCAGUUGAAACCACGCAUCCUAAAUUACGCGAUGAUUGUGUACUUCUGCAAUUUGUUGGCUUGAAUAUUAUCAAGGAUCCAUAUUACGAGGACCGAAAACCAGUGGAAUUUUGCGAGGUUUUGCGCUCAAAAGCUACUAAGUUCAGCAAAAUACUGAGGGAUCGAGACAUUAUAUGGAAUUUUCAAAAAAGUGCAACUGAGCAGACAUUUCAAAAGAUCGCUAGUGAAUUGUCGAUGCUCACGGAACAAGCAAAUAAAUUUCUUAAGGCUGAUCUAAAUGUGAGCGAAGUGAAGCGCAUUUUGAACUUAAUUAGCAAAUGGUAUACGCAUCAAACCACUCAAAAAUUAUUUAAAAAGGUUGAACUUUCAUCGACAACCGAAAAUUACUUACUAUUGUUUGGAUUUCUGCCCAAACUUAACAGAUGUGUGUAUUAUUGUGAAUGGUGUGAUGAAUGCGGCACUAACAGAUCACGCUACAAUGAACAUCGGAUGAGCCAUUUACAUAAUUUCUAUUGUCCACAGUGCGAAAGAGGAUUCCUAAAAUACGGCCAACUUAAAACCCAUUUCGAAAUCCUACAUGGAAGCACUUAACAUGCAGCCUUCUAAAAUCAUAAUACUAUACAAAUUGAAAUAAUUGUACACCAGCAUAGAAUAAAUAAAUGAUUUAAU